AUGCCCGCGAUCCGCUCGAAGAAGCUGAGAGAUGAAAAGAGAUUCAAUAUUUGUCAGCCAAAUAAUCCCAGUAUACCUUUCUUCCCGGACAAAAAGGAAUACAAACAGCAGCUUCUACCUCCUCCCGAUUCAGCUCCUCAUCGCAACUGGCCAUGGCUUGUCGAACCAGGCCUACUUUCAAUCGAAAUAUACGAAGCCAUUAUUACCCAAACUCUCGGCCGCUGUUCUCCUUUACAGAAGUACAUUUGCCAAACUGGCGUAGUGCAGCUAGGCUAUGCACCACGACCAGGCGUUAUAUAUGGUUCUAGAGACCAUCGCGUUCGCGAAGACCGAGAUAUAUGCUUUACUAUGAUAUCGAUUAAAGAGCAAGUCCAAAUUAUCCGCUGGAUGACGCGGUAUGGAGCUUUUAUAUAUGGAAAUCCUAAGAUCGCCACACCAUAUGGCUAUCUAAUACUAGCUGGAAUCAAUGAUGGCUCCACGCGCCAGAAUAUUUGCAACGAUCUUGGUUUUGGCAUCAGCGACUCUGAAUACCCCCGCAGCAUUCUUCCACCGGGUGUGCUUGCUCUUGCAGCUAUGGACUAUUACGCGUGGGCGUUGCUGAGUGAAGAUGGAGUACCGCGUGAGGGGCGAGCGACCGACGACUGUGGAGUUCAGAGGAUUGAGUGGCCCACACGAUAUAGUACCUAA